CUCUUAGAAGCUAAACCACAUUGUCUUUGUCUGCACAUUACAAAAAGGUUACUAGAGAUUUUCUUUAGCAAGACAUCAACAAGUAAAUUAUAAUCAGAGAAUCUUCAAAUCGUCAUGAUAACAGUAGCUAUUGCCGCUGAGUUGCUUGAAGAAUACACGUUGGCGCUAGCUCGCAUCACCGCCACACUCCUCCCUCCACCAUCAACAAGUCGCCGUCGAAGGGUGCGGGCUCCCACUAGCCGUGGCCAAGCUGAUUCUUCCUUGCCUCACAGCGACGUCUCAUCAUCUUGCGCUCCAAAUUACGCCGCGUUUCUCUUGAAUUUCUGAGUUCUUCUUACUUUGUAUAGACGAAGAGAUUUUCGAAUUUUCUUCUUCUUGAUUGUAAUUUCGAAACAUGCAUGCUUGUGUUAUGCAAUUGCAACUUUCUAUUUAUUUCCUGAGUUGAUGUUUUUCUACAAUAAUAAAUCAAAAAUUUAGAAAAACAUUUAAAUUUA